AUGCCUGCUGCUCUCGAGCCCUCUGCUACGGCCGCUUCGGGCGAACAGCAGAUAGUCGCGCCUCCUGCCCCUAGAAAGUUCAAGGCAUCCGACCUGCCGCUGCCCUCAGCGACGCGGACGGCCAUCGAAGGGCUCGCACACGCCUUCAAGAAAAAGGGCGGCUACGACGCCAUCCGGAAACAAGUGUGGGAGAAGUUUGAAGCCAGUGACUACGAAGCCCAAGUCACCCAAGCCAUUCUCGAAGUCGCCGAGCAGGAGGUCGAGCGCAAUCCCACGCAGCUGCUAACUCUCGAGCGAGGAAAAGCCGCUGCCCUUAUUGAUGGCGCGCUCGACCGCGGGGGCGUCUACCAGAAGGCGGAGGAGCUCAUCAGCGCGCUGAUCGACAGCCGCGCCAUCGAGGAGCACAUUCGCCAACUACGGCGCGCCGAAAUCGGGGACGAAGCCGCCGAGCAAGAGCGCAUCCGUGGCGCCAAGACAGACGAGGAAUAUGCCGCCGAAACGGCCGCCCGCCGGGCCGAGCGGGAACGUGUCCGGGCCGAGCUGAAGGCGGUUGAGGAGAAGAAGCGACAACUCGAGCGUGAGAUCAAGGCGAGGGAAGAUGCCAAGAGGCGCGAGGCCGAGAGGAUCGCUCGGGAAGAACGGAGGAAAAAGGAGCGCGAGGAAGAUGAGCGGAGGGAAAAGGAACGCCGCGAACGCCGCGAGAAGGAGAGAGAACUGGAAAGGGAGCGCGAGAAGGAGCGUGAGCGUGAGCGUGAGCGUGAGCAUGAGAGUCGAAGAGAGAGGGAACGGAGCCGCGAUUGGGAUAGAGAUCGUGACCGCGACCGCGACCGAGAUCGCGACCGAGAUCAUGACCGAGAUCAUCGUUCAAGGGAUAGGGACCGUGGAAGAGAGAGGGAUAGGGAGAGGGAUAGAGAGAGGGACCAAACGCGGGAUCGACGAGAUAGCCGCGAGAGCAGAGCGAAACCGUCCAUCGAUGGCCGAACGGACGAGGUUGAAAAGAAGCUCAGCAAGGAGGACCACGAACGGCUCGAACAGGAAGCUCUGGCUGACCUUCUUCGGGAGAGCAAGCGCGUUGCCACCAAGCAGCCCGAGUUGGAGGUUGAUGAGACACUUGUUCCUCCCCCAAAGAAAGCAAAGCCGGCCUCUGCGAUUACCCCGAUCCAGCGCCCGGCGACAAAGCUUUCCGAGCCCAAGGCUGUGGAGGCUAAGACGUCCGCAUUAGACUCGAAAAAACCCACGGAUUCUAAAGACACAAAAGAGUCGAGCAAUACCAAGCUAUCCACCGCUUCUAAGGAUUCCGAGGCGAAGCCCGAGAGAGGUCGGACUAGGAGUCCUUCCCGCGAUUCACGAGCCCACCGCGGCAGAGAUAGAAGCCGGUCCAAGAGCGUUGACCGCAGACGGAGGGAUGCUCGCUCGCGCUCGCGCUCGCGCACUCCUCGGCCCCGCGACCGUAGCCGCUCUCGGCGGAGGAGCCGGUCAAGGUUCCGCGACAGGAGAGCUGAACGGAAAGACGAUUAUCGGGACGACCGCCGUGACGAGUACCGCCACAGUCGUCGCGACGACUCCCGCUCGACAAGGAGAGAUGACCGCAAGGAAGAUCGAAGAUACGAUUACAGAGACCGGAGCAGGUCUCGCGACAGGGCUGACCGGCGGGAGCGGAGCCGUUCCCGUCUCAGGUCGGCGAGGAUCGACGACAGGAGGGAUAGGAGCCGCUCUCGCCGCCGUGAUCCUCGCGACCGCAGUCGCUCACCGCGCCCAAGAACCGAACGGCGGGAUCGCUCUCGCUCCCGCCUGCGAUUCGGCCGCAGGGAUAGAAGCCGCUCCCGAUCCAGGGACCGUGAUUAUCGUGACAGACGAGAACGCAGUCGUUCUCGCGCUCGCAGCGACCGAGAUCGCAGCCGUGACCGCAACCGCGAGAAAGACAGGAUCAAAGAGGAAGAUAGGGAGCGACGACGCAGGAGCCGCUCCCGGUCUGCGCGGCCCCCUUCCCGCAUGAGCCACACUGACAUGGAAGCGUGGAAACAAGCCGAGGUGAAAAAGCGCGAACAGGAAGCUAAGGCCUACCUGGCGGCCCAGAAAGAGGCUAGGGAGAAGGGGCUCCCGGUGCCCGGUAUCGACGAUUGUCGGCCAGGAGAUAGAUCACCUGAUCUCAAGCGCAGGCGCGACCCAGAGGAACAUGAUCGAUACUUACCUGGCGACCGAGAUCGCCACCGAGACCGGGACCAAGAGCGCGACCGCAUGGACUACCGAGGCGGCGAUCGUUAUGACGGCGACCGCGAUCGGCCGCGAGACAGAAAUCGGGACCGGGACCGGGACCGGGACCGCGACAGGCGCGACCGUUCACGCGAUCGCGAUGGAGACCGCGCAAGAGACGACCGUCGAGGCACAAGACGCCACAGCCGGUCGAGAAGCCGUGAGCGCGAUAGGGACAGGUCAAGAGACAGAAGUCGUGACCGUGACCGUGACCGUGACCGAGAUCGGGACAGCCACUAUCGCCGCAGCCGGCGCGAGCGCAGUGUGUCUUCUCGGCGCGAUAGAGAUUGGGACCGGGACCGGGACCGAGACCGAGAUCGUGACCGAGAUCGUGACCGCCUGUCACACUCGCCGAAUCUGCCGCAGGCGGAGAAAGCAGCUCGUCUUACCACGCCAAUGCGUAAUUAA